AUGCGGGCGGCGAGUUUGGAGCCAGACGUCAUCAGCUAUAACUCUGGGAUCAGCGCGUGCGAGAAAGGCGAGCAGUGGCAGUGUGCCUUAUCGCUGCUCGGCGAGAUGUGGUCGAUCAAGUUGGAGCCUGACGUCAGUGAUGAUUGCUGA